GCGCGGGCCAGCGCCCCGCGCAGCGCGCCCGCCGCCGCCGCCCCGCUCGCCCACACGCACACGCCGCACGCCUCCGUCACGCGGUCCUGCACUUUGAUCUUGCCAUCAGCUAUGGAGCCUUUUUUAACAGCAGUAACGUAUAUGCUGCAGUCGUUGGGAUAGUAGGGCUCCUCCCGGCCUCCAGCCAGUUCGAAACCCAACUCCCCGUCCUUGCCCAAACCGGACAACUCUACGUCGAUUAUUUCCCAUUCGAAGUCCUGAAUAUCAGUAUCGACAGCGGAGUCCCUCGAGUGUGUAUGCCUCCUGCAGUCUUUGCGAUCAUCGUCUUCCGUUAUCGUGGACCGUUUGUCUUUACCCUCCUUCUUGUUGCCAUGGCGACGGGCGCAAGUCCUAUCCCAUAGAGGAGCGUCUGCCAAUUCACCUACCAUUUGGUCGCGUUCCUUUCUCAGUCGAUUACAGAGUGCUUUCACGCUCUCUCGCUCUUGCAAUAGCUUGUCUCUCUCUGAGAAAGCCCAGUCUCGUCGCCGUUUCGAUACCUCGGCUUCCCUCUGCGCGUCUGCGAGUUCGGCCUGCAGCCUGUCGAUCUGCUUGCGCAGGCGCUCCAGUUCCUGGUUGGCCUGCUCCAGGUUGUCCACGCGCUCCUUGUCCACGCCAUCCACCACCAUGCCCACUAGACCUUGCAACUUAUCCAAUGAUGGAUCAUUGGAGUGUUGACCGUUCAGAAAUCCGUCAUUGCCCACACCACUUGCUAGCCCCAAGUGGUGGUACGCCGAGGUGUCUUGUCUGGACUUCCCUAGUGUAGAUGUGUUCUGUGGUGUCUUGAGGUCCGUGCACUCUUUGAUGGCGCGGUCCCGGUCCACCAGUGCAGACUCGAUCUCGCGACGGAGACUUUCCGCCUGUAGUGCAGUGGCCCUCUGUUCCUCCCUGGAGGCCUGUAGCGCGGACUCCAGCGCGGCCACUCGUUUGAGGGCCGCCUGCAGGUCGUCGGACAACUUCUCCAUCUCUUUGUGUACUGUGUCCCUCUCACUCAUGAUGAGCGUGUACUCUGCCAUGGCGGCGUUCCUCUCGUCAGUGAGGCGCUUGAUGUCAGCCCUCUCCCGCGCGCCCCCCUCCCACUGCCGGACCACGUGCGCUACUUGUUGCUUCAGGGCGUUGCGCUCCCGGAUAACAGCAUUCCUCUCUUGCGUCAAAUCAUGACACUGUGUUUUCAGUCUGCUAUUCUCUUCCUGCACGAUUCGGAGUUUUUCCAGCGUAGUAUUGUGCGUUUCUAUUAGGUCGUCGUAUCUCUUUUGAAAACAGUCAAGUUCCUCUUUGAGUGCUUCAUAUUUCCUUAGAGUGUGGACGAGGGCGUCGGAGCUGCCCUCUGGGUUGCUGGUCUGUUGCAAGUGUUGUACCUCGCGCUCCAAGCGCUGGUUGUCAUUAAGCAGGUCUCCGUACUUGCCGCGGAGGCUGCUAGCCUCCUGCGCAGAUACCUCCAGCUGGUUCAUAGCUGCUCUGUGCUGGCCGCGGAAGUACUCCAACUCCUUCAUAACAUGUUCGCAGCGACGCGAGGUCUCCGUAUGCUGACGGCGCAGCUGGUUGAGCUCAUGCAGGGCUUUCUCGCAUUGCUGCUUCAAGCUCUCAUUGGUCUGUUUGUUAAUGACGUCAUACUGCAGCGGCUCGUAGGGGCCGCUCAUCACGUGCGCGCCGUGAGACUUCACCGUGUAGUUUUGUUUCUCGUAGCACUGGUUCGAGCUCAAAACUUCAUACUCGAUGGGGAUAGGGAUCGUCGGCAGCUGAGCUACGUUGUGACGCUCCGUGCUCACGUAAUUGUGGGAUAUUGAUUCAUUACUGCCAUUACUCUCUAAAGAUGAAGUCCCAGAUGCCAUAAUAUGUCUUAUUGAUUAGAAUUGUACAUCCAUUGUUCCACUACGGCGCUAGACAUUGGGUCCUUUUUUAGCAAGGCAAAUGAAUGAAUGAAUGACGGACGUCGGAC